UUCUGGGCUGAAUUGCCCGACGAUGGCUCCAAUCCAGCGCCACGCAACAAGAGCACUUUCAGCUCCGACAUGCCAACAUUCACGACGGAUGGACGAACCGCCAAAGUUGCCGAAAUCCUUGCCGGUGGUGGUAGGCCAAGCCAUGACCACCAUGAGCAGGUUUCUGGAGGAGGUGGCUCAGGCGAAGCAGUUUGGUGGGCUCGGGAUAGCAAUAGGCAGUGGAGGAUCAGAGGACGAGUCUUUGUCCUAGGCCACGACAUUGCAGGCGAUACGGAAGAAGCAAGCUCUGUACGACGAGCAUUGCUGUCGCGAAUGCGAAUUGUGAAAGAAGAUGAUAAACAUCCUUGGUCGUGGGAAACCGAGAUGACCGCUGCCUUUGGACAGCUACCGCCAGCACAAAGAGGACGAUUCCUAGCUCCUCCGCCCGGCCAGGCCACGGAUAUACCAUGGGACCAUGACAAGUACAAGCUCUGGGCGGAAGUCCACGACCUGCAUGAUCCGCUCGCUCGCGAGAACUUUCGAGUGGUUGUCAUCGUUCCAGAGGAAGUGGAGAUGCUGGAUAUG